GUGCCAGAGUGCAGUAGCACGAUCUCCAUUCACUGCAGCCUCAACCUCCUGGGCUCAAGUAAUCCUCCUGUCUUGUCCUCCCAAAAUGCUGGAAUUACAGUAUCAUAAUGAAGACCUGGAAAAAGACAAAACAUCACAAAACUGCCUAGGAAGAGGAAUGGAACAAGUAGCAAAGAAGUUAGGGGUGGCUCAUGAAGAGAUUCAAAGGCUCACUGAUGAACUCCAAGUGAAGGAGAAAGAACAGUGUAAAUUAGAUUCUGCACUUAAGAAGUCUCAACUAGAAAUUGACAAAUUGAAGGAAAAUUUGGUAAAGCUGAAAGAAAAUGAUGCAGCUGACCUACAGAAAGCAAAGGAACAUAAUCAGAGACUGGAUGAGGAAAUUCUGGCUUUAAGAAAUAGGGUUCGAUCACUUCACUUAGAAAAAAAGGUGCUUGGUGAAAUGGUUGAAAGACUUAAAGGAGAGGUGUGUGAAUCUCAAGAGAAUAAGCAACUUGGAAACCACUCCCCUGGAAAAACUGUGGGUGGUGAACAGAGAGAACAGAUCCUGAAAAUGAGCCAAGAAAAAAAUGAAAUGUUUGAAAGUGAGUGGUCAAAAGAGAGAGAGAGAGAGAAGCAGUUGGCAUCUGGUCUUGACACUGCAGAGAAGGCCUUGAAAGUUGAAAGUGAGGAAUUGCAAAAAUCAAAGUCAGAGCUUAUAUGCCUUUAUAAUGAAGUUCACAAUCUUCCGGGGGAAUCAGAAAGCAAAGACCAUUUUUUAAUAGCAUGUGACCUGUUACAAAGAGAGAAUUCUGAAUUAGAAACAAAGGUCUUGAAGCUUUCACAAGAAUUUGCACAAUUAAAUCAUUUUACUCUAAGGGGAAAAACUGCACCUUCUAAUUUAAUUACAAGUGAAAAUACCUGCAAAGAUCCUGAAUCUAAUGAACCAAUUUUGGAAACACAAAUUCAAAGCCCAAAGGAAGAGAGAGAGGAACUCUGUCCCAAAUUAGGAGAAAGAAAGCAGAAGGAAAUUCCAGAAGAGUCAGUAAAGGAGGGCAGUUUUCCAAGAGAGGGGCAGAAGGAGGAGGGCUCACAACAGAAUCGAGAUAUGAAAGAUGAAGAAAAAGAACAGCAGUUAACCAUGAAGCCUGAGGAAGUUGUGAGGCUUAGAGAAGAGCUGAGCCGUAUAAAUCAGAGCCUCCUUCAGUCUCAGAGCUCUGGGGAUAGUUCAGAUGACAGUGGUGCCCAGCAUCCAUCAUCUGGAGAAAAACUAAAAUACAACCAACAAGGGGAAGUACAACAACUUCACCAGAAUUUGCACCGGCUCCAGAUUCUGUGCAACUCAGCUGAAAAUGAGCUUCGAUAUGAACGAGGGCAGAACUUGGACUUAAAGCAACAUAAUAGCUUACUUCAGGAAGAAAACAUUAAGAUAAAGAUUGAACUAAAGCAUGCCCAACAGAAGUUAUUAGACAGUACAAAGAUGUGCUCUUCACUCACGGAAGAGUGCAAGCACUGUCAGCAGAAAAUCAAGGAACUGGAGUUGGAAGUACUUAAACAGACUCAGAGCAUUAAAUCACAGAACAACCUACAGGAAAAGCUGGCUCAGGAGAAAUCCAAAGUUUCUGAUGCAGAGGAAAAGAUUUUGGACCUGCAGCGGAAAUUAGAACAUGCUCAUAAAGUCUGUCUCACAGACACUUGUAUUUCAGAGAAGCAGCAGCUAGAGGAAAAGAUAAAAGAAGCAACAGAAAAUGAAGCUAAAGUAAAGCAACAAUAUCAAGAAGAACAACAGAAGAGGAAACUUCUAUAUCAGAACGUAGAUGAGUUACACAGGCAAGUGAGAACCUUACAAGAUAAAGAAAAUCUACUGGAAAUGACCUGUUCUCAGCAACAAUCCAGAAUUCAGCAACAGGAGGCCCUACUUAAACAACUGGAAAAUGAAAAAAGAAAAUAUGAUGAGCAUGUCAAAAGCAACCAGGAAUUGUCAGAGGAGCUAUCUAAGCUACAGCAAGAGAAGGAAGCUCUACGUGAAGAAUAUUUGCGAUUAUUGAAGCUGCUUAAUGUCCAUGUGAGAAACUAUAAUGAGAAACAUCACCAACAAAAAAUCAAGCUUCAAAAAGUCAAGUACCGUUUAACUAAUGAAGUAGAACUACGAGAUAAGAGAAUUAACCAAUUUGAAGAUGAAAUUGGAAUCCUGCAACAUAGAAUAGAAAAGGAGAAGGCAAUACAGGACCAGAUCACUGCCCAAAAUGAUACCCUGCUUCUAGAAAAAAGGAAACUUCAGGAGCAAGUCAUAGAGCAAGAACAGUUGAUCCACAGCAACAAAUGGACGAUAUCUUCCAUCCAGAGCAGGGUACUUUACAUGGAUAAAGAAAAUAAGCAAUUACAGGAAAAUAGUCUUCGUCUCACACAGCAGAUUGGCUUCUUAGAGCGAAUUAUAAGGAGCAUCCAUAUUCGCAGAGGAGAGAAUCUUAAGGAGUUUCCUGUUCCAAAAUGGUGGCAUAGAGGCAAGCUGGCUUCUCUCCCUCCAACAAAGAAACAGAAAGAAAUAUACAGCACUGAAGUCUUCACCAGCAACAAUGCAGAACUCCAGCAUGAGGAUGAGUCAGUUCCUGAGGCCACAGAGAAGUGGAAACACUCCGAGCAGAUGGAAACAACAAUUAGUGACAUCCUUGAAUCGGAAGUAGUGAAUGAAAUACUGCCUUUAUCAAACUCCAGUUUUUCAGGGAAAGGUUUGGUAGAGUCAUUUGUAAGUCUUCAAGAGACUGAAGAGAUCAAGUCAAAAGAAGCAAUGGCAAGUUCAAAGUCCCCUGAAAAGUCCCCUGAGAAUCUUGUGUGUUCACAGAAUUCUGAGGCUGGAUACAUAAAUGUGGCUUCUCUGAAGGAGACACAUGGUAUACAAGAACAAGACCAAAAGUCAGAACUAUAAAAUCACUGGUGCCUAAAGCUAUACCGAACAAAACUGCUAACUUAAAGCCUGGACAAAAAGGUGGACCAUGACAUUGAGAAGAGUUACCACAGAUCCUAAAUGGAUAUCAGCCAAGAGUCUUCAAAAUUGCUGAUAAAUUCAUUAAAGCAGUUGUAAAAAUGGAUUUCUCAAGUUUGAUAUCCUCAGAUGCCUUGUAUUGACCAAAAUAUUGACUUUAGUUCAAUGAUUUAUUUAGGUUUCUCUUCAGCAGAGCACAUGUAUGGUUAAUUCAACAUUCUUUCCCAUUAUCAUGGGUAUCUUUUCUGAUUUAUUUUUUAAGAGUAAAAACAAUACAGUCACAUUAAAGCAAAUUUUGUUUUUAAAAAAACCCUCCUAUGCUGGGCGUGGUGGCUCACGCCUGUAAUCCCAGCAGAUUACAGGAGGCCAAGGUGGGCAGAUCACAAGGUCGGGAGAUCAAGACCAUCCUGGCUAACACGGUGAAACCCUGUCUCUACUAAAAAUACAAAAAAAUUAGCCGGGCGUGGUGGCAGGUGCCUGUAGUCCCAGCUACUCGGAAGGCUGAGGCAGGAGAAUGGCGUGAACCUGCGAUAGCGCCACUGCACUCCAGCCUGGGUGACAGAGUGAGACUCCGUCUCAAAAAAAGCAAAAAACAAAAACAAAAACCCUCCUAUAAUACCAUAAGCUUUAUUUAUUUAUUUUUUUUGAGACGGAGUCUCUUACUCUGUCACCCUGGCUGAAGUGCAGUGGCAUGAUCUCCGCUCACUGCAACCACUGUCUCCCAAGUUCAACCAAUUCUCCUGCCUCAGCCUCCCGAGUAGCUGGGAUUAUAGGCGCCUGCCACCACACCCAGCUAAUUUUUGUAUUUUUAGUAGAGAAAAGGUUUCACCAUGUUGGCCAUGCUGGUCUCGAACUCCUGACCUCAGGUGAUCCACCCACCUCGGCCUCCCAAAGUGCUGGGAUUCCACCAAUACCACAGUCUUAACACAACUAUUUUUAUUUUACAAUUAUUCCCUUUUGGUCCUAAUUCAAGUACAUAUAUUCUAAAUGGUUAUUAUUAUAAUAUUGUAUAUUCAUUUUCACAGUUUGAUUUUUAAUUUACUGUAUAUACCAUGGAAACAUUUUCAAUCGCCAUAUGAUAUUCAAUCAUGUUGAUGUUCUAUAAUUAUUUUUAUGGGAAAAGUUUAAAAUGUUUAAUGAAGAAGAUUUAGAGCAAUACAUUAUUUAAAAGUGGAUAGGAGGUUGGGAACGGUGGCUCACACCUGUGAUCCCAGCACUUUGGGAGGCCGAGGUGGGCAGAUCACCUGAGGUCAGGAGUUCGAGACCAGCUUGGCCAACUUGGGGAAACCCCAUCUCUAACAAAAAUACAAAAACAAUUAGCCAGGUGUGGUGGUGCACGCGCCUGUCGUCUCAGCUACUGGGGAGGCUGAGGCAGAAGAAUCGCUUGAACCCGAGAGGCAGAGGUUGCAGUGAGCCGAGACUGCACCACUGCACUCCAGCCUGGGUGACAGAGCAAGACUCCAUAUCAAUAAAAUAAAAUAAAAUAAAAUAAAAGUGGAUAGGAAAAUACCAAGAGCUUUUCCUGGGGGAGGGGGUAUGAGAAGAGAGUUCACAUAAACCCCAUUACAUAGAAACUACCCCUAAAUAUUUCCAAACAAGAGUACAAAGUAGGUGAACAGUCUCCAGCUCAUCUUUAGUGUAGUGGGACUGCUUCUUCAGAAAAGAUCAGCAACAUUCACAUCCAUUUCAUCUAUCAGGGUGGAACAGUACUGCUCAGUAUCUCUGAGGAUGUGGAUGUUCUAUAAAUUAAACAUUCUCUUGUUUGGCAUUUAAGUUGUUUUUACUUUUUUUUUUUUUUUUUUUGAGACAGGGUCUCACUCUCUAACCCAGGCUGGAGUGCAGUGGUGUGAUUACUGCUCAUGCAGCCUCAACCUCCCAUGCUUAAGUGAUCCUCUCUCCUCAGCCUCUCCCAAGUACGGGCAUGUGCUACCAUGCCUGGCUCAUUUUUGUACUUUUUGUAAAAAUGAGGUCUCACUCUCACUCUGUUGCUCAAGCUGGUCUCAAAUUUCUGGGCUCAAGUGAUCCUCCCACCUAAGCCUCCUAGGUGAUAGGAUUAUAGGAUGAGCCUCUAUGCCAGGCCUGGUUUUACUUUUUUACUAUUUAAGAUUAUGCUGUGUUGAAGAUCUUUGUGCAUGUAGUUCUUUUCUUCUUUUGAAUUAUUCCAGAAAACAAAUUCGCAAGAUUGGACUGACUCAAAGGAUAUAAAUGUUAGUAUUGCUCUAGGACAUCACUUCCUUUGCUUUAAAAAGGGUUCUGCCUGGCCAGUUGCAGUGGCUCACACCUGUAAUCCCAGCAUUUUGGGAGGCCGAGGCAGGUGGAUCACUUAAGGCCAGGAGUUCAAGACCAGCCAGGCCAACAUGGCAAAGCCCUGUCUCUACUAAAAAUACAAAAAUUAGCCGGGUAUGGUGGUGCACACCUGUAGUCCCUGCUAUGCAGGAGGCUGAGGCACGAGAAUCACCUGAACCCAAGAGGUGGAAGUUGCAGUGAGCUGAGACCACUCCACUGUACUCCAGCCUGGGCAAAAAGUGAGACUCUGUCUCAAAAAAUAAUAAUAAUAAUAAAUAAAUAAAUAAUAAAAUAAAUAAAAAGUGUGUCAACAUACUGUUUUCAUAGUCAAGUUACUCAAUCUCCUUGAGCCUCGAUUUCUUGAUUCAUAAAAUGGGAACAAUAAUAGUUCUCUAUCCCAUAGGGUUGUGAGGACCAAAUGAAAUGAAGCAUGUAAAGUAUUCAGCACUUAGUAACUGCUUAAUAAAUGCUAUCAUCAUUUAUUUUCACUAGUGGUUUAUCAAUGUACUAUUUUUUUCACAACCUCAUCAACAUUGGAUAUUAUCAAUUUUAAAGAUUUAUUCUAAAACAGUUGGUAUAAAAUUAUACUGAAGCAUGACUGCUGCUGUUCCUUUUCCCCCUCCUCCCCUUUCUUCUUUUUCAGUUGGAGGAGACCAAGAGGAGAGGAUCAGUAACCAGAAAUAAAAAUGACCCUUUAAAUUGAGACACACUGUAUUUUUAUAUGUAAUCCUUGCUUUCUCAGACGACAGAGCUAGAAAAGAUGAUCAAAGGACCUAGGAAAUAAUAACUAUUAUAUUAAAUGCAUGCUGUUAUAUUGAAUGAGCCUUGCCCAAGGUCCCCUUCUUUCACUAAAUUCAUUGCAUCUAUUAUUUAUUGAAUACCUACUAUGUGCUAUUCAGUAGGAGACAUUGCAGCUACAGCUGCGAAUAGGACCAGGAGAGUCUCUACUUUCAGGGAGUUUAUAUGCUAUCAGGGAGGAAGAUUGUGUGUGUGUGGCAGGAAAUGAGGUGUAGACACAUACCAUACGAAGAUAAUGUGGAAAGGGGGGGUGGUAUGAAGAAAACAAACCAGUGAUCUGAGUGACCAAGGGCUACUUUAGAUUAGGUCUA